GCGCAGCGCGCAGAGCCCGGCGGCGCCGAGCAUGGCAGCGGCGCUGCGGGACCCCGGCCCCGGCCCCGGCCCCGGCCCCGCGGCGGAGAAGCGGAUCCUGUGCGUGGGGCUGGUGUGCCUGGACAUCAUCAGCGUGGUGGAGGCAUACCCUGCCGAGGACACCGACACCAGGUGCCUGUCGCAGCGGUGGCAGCGGGGCGGGAACGCCUCCAACUCGUGCACGGUGCUGGCGCUGCUGGGAGCCCCCUGCGCCUUCAUGGGCUCGCUGGCCCCCGGGCACGCUGCCGAUUUCAUCGUGGCGGACUUCCAGCGCCGGGGUGUGGACGUGACGCACGUGGCCUGGCAGCCCCGCGGGGACGUGCCAUGCGCCUGCUGCGUCGUCAACGCCGCCAGCGGCUCCCGGACCAUUGUGCUCUACGACACGAACCUGCCCGAUGUGACGGCCCGCGACUUCGCGCACGUCGACCUGGAUCGGUACCGCUGGAUCCACUGGGAGGCCCGCAACGCGUCGGAGCAGGUGCGCAUGAUCCAGCGCGUGGAGGAGCACAACCGGGCCCUGCCGCCGGCGCAGCGCAUCCGCACCUCGGUGGAGGUGGAGAAGCCGCGGGAGGAGCUGCUCCCCCUGCUGGCGCACGGCGACGUGGUGUUCAUCAGCAAGGACCUGGCCAAGCACUUCGGGUACCGCUCGGCACCAGAGGCGCUGCGGGGGCUGCACAGCCGCGUGCAGCCAGGGGCCACACUGAUCUGCGCCUGGGCCGAGGAGGGGGCCGACGCCAUGGGGCCUGGUGGGGAGCUGCUGCAUGCAGACGCCUGCCCCCCAGAGACCCUGGUGGACACUCUGGGGGCUGGGGACACCUUCAACGCUGCCGUCAUCUUUGCGCUCUCGGGAGGGCAGAGCCUGCAGGACGCGCUCAACUUCGGCUGCCGCAUCGCAGGCAAGAAGUGCGGGAUCCAGGGCUACGAUGGCAUUGUCUGAGCCACACGUGUGGCUGCCGCUGCCCCCCACCCUGCAACCUGGCCCCCCUCGCCCUGCUCCCAAUAAAGUUCCUGGGUGCCCCA